UCUCCAUACACUCUCUCUCUCUCUCACUCACUCUACUGUAAUUCAUUUAUUCAGGAGUCUGCUAUAGUCGGUCGGAUCCUCCCCACACCUAUAUAUGCGUCACUCUAUCUUUUCUGUUCUUCUUUUCUUUUUUAUAUAUUUUUUGAACACCUUUUUUUUAUAAACUUAGACGCACAGUCACACAUAUACAUAUUUGAACUGUAACUUGUUUCAGUUUUUCUUCACAUGGCUGUCUGGUUUUCUGAGCUUGGUUAGUAUUUAUUAACAAUUUUCACUUUUUUUUUUAAUAAUAAUAAUUAUUAUUAUAAUAACAAUUAAUAAUAUUAACAAUAUUAAUAAUGCAUGUCAAAAUUAGGGUCAGAUGGAAAUGUUACUGAUUCAGUUGGUUUUUCUGGGUAUUUUUAAGUUAUUUACCUCAAUAAUAAUAAUAAGCUUAGUUUUUUAGUGCUUUUUUUAGUCUUUUAUAUAAAUUAAGUAUAUAUAGAUAUAGAAUUACAUAGAAUAUGAAGCUUUCAACAUCAGGCUCUGCUGGUCAACAGCUUCAGGAAGAAGGUGAAAAGAAAUGCUUGAAUUCGGAGCUAUGGCAUGCUUGUGCUGGCCCCCUGGUUUCGUUGCCUGCAGUUGGUUCUCGGGUCAUUUAUUUCCCUCAAGGUCAUAGUGAGCAGGUUGCUGCCACAACGAAUAAAGAAAUCGAUGCUCACAUACCCAAUUAUCCAAGCCUGCCUCCUCAAUUGAUCUGCCAACUUCACAAUGUUACAAUGCAUGCAGAUGUUGAAACGGAUGAAGUGUAUGCUCAAAUGACACUGCAGCCGUUGACCCCGCAAGAGCAGAAGGAUACGUUUCUUCCUGUUGAGUUGGGUAUUCCUAGUAGACAGCCGACUAAUUACUUCUGCAAGACAUUAACAGCUAGCGACACAAGUACCCAUGGCGGGUUUUCUGUUCCUAGACGUGCUGCUGAGAAAGUUUUCCCUCCAUUAGAUUUCUCUCUGCAGCCACCUGCUCAAGAACUUAUUGCAAGAGAUCUCCAUGAUGUUGAAUGGAAAUUUAGGCAUAUUUUCCGGGGGCAGCCCAAACGCCAUCUUCUUACUACUGGGUGGAGUGUGUUUGUUAGUGCAAAAAGACUUGUUGCAGGAGAUUCUGUUUUAUUUAUCUGGAAUGAAAAAAAUCAACUUCUUUUGGGAAUCCGACGUGCCAGCCGCCCACAAACUGUAAUGCCAUCAUCUGUUCUGUCAAGUGAUAGCAUGCAUAUCGGCCUUCUCGCUGCUGCAGCGCAUGCAGCUGCUACUAAUAGUUGUUUCACAAUAUUUUAUAACCCAAGGGCUAGUCCAUGUGAAUUUGUCAUACCCCUUUCAAAAUAUAUCAAAGCUGUGUAUCACACACGUGUUUCAGUUGGAAUGCGUUUCCGUAUGCUGUUUGAAACUGAAGAAUCAAGUGUACGUAGAUACAUGGGCACAAUUACUGGCAUUGGUGAUUUAGAUCCUGCUCGCUGGCCUAAUUCUCAUUGGCGGUCUGUUAAGGUUGGUUGGGAUGAGUCAACCGCAGGUGAGAGGCAGCCUCGGGUGUCAUUGUGGGAAAUUGAACCAUUGACAACAUUUCCUAUGUAUCCAUCUCUGUUUCCCCUUCGAAUGAAACGACCUUGGUAUCCCGGAGCUUCAUCUUUUCAAGAUAGUAGAGACGAUAUAGUCAACGGGAUGUCAUGGUUAAGAGGUGAAACCAAUGAGCAAGCCCUCCAAUCUCUUAAUUUUCAAUCGGGUGGCAUGUUUCCAUGGAUGCAACAAAGAGUAGAUCCGUCACUCCUACAAAGUAAUCUCAAUCAGCAGUACCAAGCUGCACUAGCAGCUGGUAUGCAGAGUGUAGGAAGUGGAGACGCUUUGAAACAAUUGCUACAAUUUCAGCAGCCAAUUCAAUAUCUCCAACAUCCUGGCACCUCGAGCCCUCCAGCUCACCAAUCAAUGCCACCGCCAUUUGUGCAUGGUCAAACCCAAAUGUUGGAAAACUUCACGAGACCAAUUCAUUCACAUGUCAACAACCCGGAAGGUCAAGAACACCAAAGUUCAUAUCCUGAGACAUAUCUGAUGCAAAACCAGCAUCAGUCAUUUCCAAAGACAGACUACAUGGAAUCUAGUCCUAAAUUUACUUCCAGUAUAGCCCCUGCUAUGCAGAAUAUGCUCGGUUCACAAUGCUCUGAAGGGACUAGCAACCUUUCAAAUUUUUCAAGAACUGGUCAACUUGUGGUUUCCGAGCAUGAAACGAAUCAGCCAUCAUGGGUAUCAAAGUUUGGUCAAUCACAAGUCAAUAAUUCUUCAACUUCACCAUCCGCUAAACAGGAAUCAACAAGUCUGGAUGCACAAAAUCAUGGUUUAUUCAGUGCAGUUAAUAUCGACUCAUCUGGGCUUCUUCUACCAACAAUCAACACUGAUUUGUCCACAAUGCCUUCACCAGCUUCUGGGUUUCAGAACUUUGGCUAUGUGCAAGACUCUUCUGAGUUACUGCAGUCUAACUCUAGCCGAACAUUUGUGAAGGUAUACAAAUCAGGGUGUGUAGGGAGGUCACUGGACAUCACCCGUUUCAACAGCUACCAUGAGCUGCGAGAGGAAUUGGGUCGGAUGUUUGGGAUCGAGGGUUUGCUUGAAGACCCUCAAAGAUCAGGCUGGCAGCUUGUAUUCGUUGACAGGGAGAAUGAUGUUCUUCUCCUUGGAGACGACCCUUGGGAGGCAUUUGUAAAUAGUGUUUGGUAUAUCAAGAUACUUUCUCCUGAGGAUGUGCACCAACUCGGGAAGCAAGAGGUUGACUCCUUCGGCUUAAACUCGGGUGGUGAAAGAAUUCACACGGUUGGGAAUGAUAGUUCUGGACUUCCUCCAUCAUUGGGCUCACUUGAUUUUUGACAUUAAAAAAGUCAUAUAUUGGUGAUCCUGAAAGCAAGGUUUCAUUUUCAUUCCUUUUGGUCUCUAUUUAACGGACCAUAUGUUGCAGGUUCGUAUGUGUUGGACCACCUGGGUAGUUAUAUUUGUAUUAGCUUUUAUGGAUGAAUACUUUGGUAAUAAUCAAGUGGUAGAAGUCAUCAUUCAAAUUUAGAACAUGUAUGAGCCAAUGAUCUUGACUAUGAAUUGGUGACUAUUGUGGAACUGGUAAUUUGACACACCCUAUUAUUUUGUGCUCUA